GCCGCCGCCCGGGCCCCCGCCCCCGGCCCCUGGCCCUCGGCCCCGCGGGGCCUCCCGCCCCCACCCAGGGGGCGUCGCUGCCGCCGUCGCCGCCGUGCUUCGCGGCCCGCAAGGCACCUUCCUUCCCUCCCUCCCGCCGGCCGGGGUGCGCGGGCGGCGGGGCGGCCCGCGGGCCAUGCGUUCGGCGCGGCCCAGCCCGGCCGGCCGGGGGCGGUGCCCCGAGCCCAGGCCCCGCGCAGCCCGCGCCCCCGGCCACCGCUGAGCCCCGCGAGCCCCACCGCGGCCGAGGCCAUGUUCCCCGUGUUCCCUUGCACGCUGCUGGCCCCCCCCUUCCCCGUGCUGGGCCUGGACUCCCGGGGGGUGGGCGGCCUCAUGAACUCCUUCCCGCCACCUCAGGGUCACGCCCAGAACCCCCUGCAGGUCGGGGCUGAGCUCCAGUCCCGCUUCUUUGCCUCCCAGGGCUGCGCCCAGAGUCCAUUCCAGGCCGCGCCGGCGCCCCCGCCCACGCCCCAGGCCCCGGCGGCCGAGCCCCUCCAGGUGGACUUGCUCCCGGUCCUCGCCGCCGCCCAGGAGUCCGCCGCGGCCGCUGCAGCCGCCGCUGCUGCCGCCGCCGCGGCCGCAGUCGCUGCCGCGCCCCCGACUCCGGCAGCUGCCUCCACGGUGGACACAGCGGCCCUGAAGCAGCCCCCGGCACCCCCUCCGCCGCCCCCGCCCGUGUCGGCACCCGCGGCCGAGGCCGCGCCCCCCUCCUCUGCCGCCACAAUCGCCGCAGCCGCAGCCACAGCGGUCGUAGCCCCAACCUCGACGGUCGCCGUGGCCCCCGUCGCGUCUGCCUUGGAGAAGAAGACAAAGAGCAAGGGGCCCUACAUCUGCGCCCUGUGCGCCAAAGAGUUCAAGAACGGCUAUAAUCUUCGGAGGCACGAGGCCAUCCACACGGGAGCCAAGGCCGGCCGGGUUCCCUCGGGUGCAAUGAAGAUGCCCACCAUGGUGCCCCUGAGCCUCCUGAGUGUGCCCCAGCUGAGCGGAGCCGGCGGGGGAGGGGGAGAAGCUGGCGCUGGCGGCGGAGCGGCCGCCGUGGCCGCAGGUGGCGUGGUAACCACCACCGCCUCGGGCAAGCGCAUCCGGAAGAACCACGCCUGCGAGAUGUGUGGCAAGGCCUUCCGCGAUGUCUACCACCUGAAUCGGCACAAGCUGUCGCACUCGGACGAGAAGCCCUACCAGUGCCCGGUGUGCCAGCAGCGCUUCAAGCGCAAGGACCGCAUGAGCUACCACGUGCGCUCACAUGACGGCGCUGUGCACAAGCCCUACAACUGCUCCCACUGUGGCAAGAGCUUCUCCCGGCCGGAUCACCUCAACAGUCACGUCAGACAAGUGCACUCAACAGAACGACCCUUCAAAUGUGAGAAAUGUGAGGCAGCUUUUGCUACGAAGGAUCGGCUCCGGGCACACACAGUGCGACACGAGGAGAAGGUGCCAUGUCACGUGUGUGGCAAGAUGCUGAGCUCGGCAUACAUUUCGGACCACAUGAAGGUGCACAGCCAGGGCCCUCACCACGUCUGUGAGCUCUGCAACAAAGGUACUGGUGAGGUCUGUCCAAUGGCGGCAGCAGCGGCGGUGGCAGCAGUGGCAGCCCCUCCCACCGGUGUGGGCUCCCUCUCUGGGGCCGAGGGGGUGCCUGUGAGCUCUCAGCCACUUCCCUCCCAGCCCUGGUGAGCUCCAAGUUGGUGGGGGCAAGAGGGAAGAGAGGAGCAAAGUCCCUUGGUACCCUCUCCUCUUCUCCCUGCUCUUCCCACCAACUCCUCGCUACUUCUCCCACCAACCAAGGCGCCUCCGGAAGGAAAGGAAGAAGUGUUUUCUUAGGGGAUUUCACUAGGUUUUAACAAUUUGUUUCUCCCGCUCCUCUCUUCUCCCUGUCAGACCUGACCCUACACACACCCAUCCCUUCGGUUGUGUGGAAGCCCCCUGGACAGUGGGCAGGGGUGGUAGAGGACAGGACUGGCCACUGCCCUUCCCCACCCUCCUCUGUAAUGCCCUGCCCUCCCAGAGGUUUGAGAGCCUCUUCCCUCAGUGGUCUCUCUUGCUCUCCUCCUCCUAGUCCCCUCCCCUCUACUGUCUGCUACCCCUCCCUGGGGAGCUGGUGCUUUUUUUUUUUUUCCAUGGGGAGGGAGGAGAGGAAGGAAGGGAAUCAAAAAAAAAAAAAAAAAGAUUCUGUCCCAGACAGGAAAAGGGGAGAUGCAAAAAGGGGCAGAAGCAGGAAAGGUAAAGGUUGUACCUUCAUAAGGUGGGGUUGUUUGGGGUCAGGCUGUAAAUGUCACCCCUAUUUAAGAAUCAGGGGAAAAAAAGUCUGGGGGAGCAAAGGAGGGAGCCACUAGGGCCAGAGGCAAAAUAAGAGAUGGAAUCUUAGGGGGCCAGGAUAAGUGGGGGGAUCCAGGGACUAGAGGUGCUUCCUGGGGUGGGGGGAAUGCAGCUGCAGUCUCUCCCCCUUCCCUCUUCCACUCCAGCUCCAGCCCUGGCCUUUUCUUUUAAUCCCUCUUCCUCACGAUAGAAGCUGUGGCCCUGGCCAUGUCAUCGUGUUCCUGUGUCCCUUGCAUGUUCCCUACCCUUCACCUCCCUCCCUUUGGUGAACCCCAUUACAAUAAAUUUUAAAUAAAAACCUG